AUGAAGCUUGUAAAAUUCAACUUAGAUCCUUCUUCAGAUCCUUCUUCAUAUAAGAAUAAUCAAAGAUCUACGUAUAUUGAUGAUGGUGUAUCUUCGAUAAUCGAAGAAAAGUUUAAUGGCAAAGGUUCAAUUCCUACUUUGUCAACAGGAACUCUCGCAGAAGAAUCGACUCAAAAGAUAGAUCAAGAUUUAAAAGUAGUUGAAGAAGCUAAAGUUCUAGCAUUGCCGAAAUCUAAAACAGAAGAUAUAUAUAGUUCUGUUAUUGAAGAACCUGCAGAUAACAAAUCGAAAUUAAUACUAUCUGGUCUGAGUGAAAAUGAACCUACUAGUGAUAGUAGCAAAUGGGAUACUUCACAGCUUACUAAAUCUAGAAAGAGCCAGGUUAUCCCUGCAUCUCAAUUAAUACAUACAACAUCAGUAGGAAGACGAAUUCAAAAUAAUUCUAAAAUUCGGCUUUGGAAAAGAUCCGAAGAGAAAUUGCAU